GCGCAGACGAGGAGCAGAUGGAUCUAGAUCUCAUUGCAGUGACCAACUCCACCCAAGAUGAAGAAACUGUCAGUGACAUCAUCGCCAAAGCCAACCAGAAAAUCGAGUCUCGUCUGAUGGAGGGCGACAUCGUUGUGGACAGACGCAGAAACGCCGUCUCGUGUUUUUAUUGUAAAUGGCCCAAAUACGGAUCAUCGGUCUGGAUCUUCUAUCGCUUCGAUUCCAGCUACAGUUCCUCUCAGAAGAGUCUGAUCCGUUCGGCCAUGAGGACCAUCCAGUCUAAAACCUGUGUCCGGUUUUACGAGAUCUCACAUUACUGGAGUAACUACGUUCGCCACCUGUACAUCUUCUCUGGAAGCGGGUGCUGGUCAUACAUAGGGAGACAGUGGUGGACGCGCAGUCAGAAACUGUCUCUGUCUAAAAAUGGCUGCCUUUAUACUUCCACCAUCCAACACGAGCUUCUGCAUGCGCUCGGAUUCGCCCACGAGCAUUCGCGCUCAGACCGGGACAGCCAUGUGACCAUCCUGUACGACAACAUCAGCUCAAAUAAGAAACACAACUUCAGGAAGUACAGGACCAACAACCUGUACACCCCCUACGACUUCAACUCCGUCAUGCAGUACUACAAUUAUGCCUGGUCUAAAAAUGGCAGGCCCACUCUUCAGUCAAAGAGAAACCCAAGCCUGCGUUUUGGACAUGCGACUGAAGUGAGCAAGUACGACAUUCUGAGAGUCAACCGUUACUACAAGUGCUAGGCCACAGGGCAUAAAGUCCAGACCCACCAUCUGUCACAGGUUUCUACAGAACCACUGAGCUGAGCAUUAGGGGAGGGGAGAGAAAUGUGAUUUUAUUUGUAAAUCA